GUCGCGAAGUGCCAACCCUAGUCCCUAACUCCCUCGCCGUUGCCCACUCCACCGCCGGUCGCCCACUCCAGCCUCUGCCUCCACCGCCGGUCGCCCACUCCAUCCUCUGCCUCCACCGCCGGUCGCCCACUCCGGCCUCUCCCUCCAUCGGCGGUCGCCCACUCCGGCCUCUCCCUCCACCGCCAGUCUCCCACUGCCUCUGCCUCCAAUGAAGCUUCCUAGGCAACCAGUCCAACCACAGGGCUAUUUGAGUGGCUGAAAUCAAAGUGUCUGCCAGUCAGUCUAGACGUCUAGUACUUUGUAGUUGAAAUUGCUAUUCCAGUUUGCACCAAAAUAAUAUUGGUUCACCUAUAUGACCUGACUAUGCGUGAAGCCAGUGACAACUUAGAGGACAUGAAUGCAUGAGAAAGCCAAUCUCAUUGGCUUCCAUCACUCCAAAUCUUUCCACCAUCAAAAUCCAUUUACGCGUUACUCCAAAAUUCCACCUUUCAACCUCUAUAGAGAACUGUAUUUAUCAUGGAGAAAAUGUCAAACACCUUGAAGGCACACAACUACUUCAAGAACCUUCAACAUGGGUUCAAAUUCAUUCACUUUGCAGAACUAAGUCUCUUCAUGCGCUCACCAUCAAGGUUGGCUCUACACCAACACAGCCCGUUUUCCCUUUCAACAAUAUACUGUCGAAGUAUGUUCUUUUUGGUAAUGUACAUGUUGCUCGGGAACUGUUUGAGGAAAUGCCGUUUAGAAAUGCUGUGUCUUUCAACACGAUGAUUGCUGCCUAUUGUCGAGAUGGGAAUGUACAAGAGGCUUGGGGACUGUUUUCUGAGAUGAGGAGGUGUGGAUUUAAGCCCACUCAGUUUACUUUCGGGGGGCUGUUGUCAUGUGAGUUCUUGGAUCAUUAUCAAGUGGUGCAAUUGCAUGCACUGAUUGAGAAGACAUCAUUGCUUAACACUGAUGCUACUGUAGGGACUGCACUGUUGGCUAUGCUUGGGAGGUGCGGGUGUUUACACGAGGCCUGCCAGAUUUUUGAUAGCAUGCCUGAAAAGAACUUGGUUACAUGGAAUUCUAUGAUUCUAUUGCUUGGACAACAUGGAUUUGUUGAAACGUCGAUGACUAUGUUUGUUGAAAUACUCAGGAGUGGAACGGAUUUGUCUGAGUACACAUUUGUGGGCCUUCUAUCUGGUUGCCUCGGGAUACAUGAUAUGGAAUUAGGAGAGCAAGUUCACACAGUUGCAGUGAAGUAUGGAUUGGAUAAUGCAGUUUCUGUUAAGAAUUCUCUGGUUAACAUGUAUGCCAAAUGCUCUGGUGCUCACACUGCAAAGAAAAUGUUUGAGGAGAUGGCAAUUAAGGACAUUGUUUCAUGGAACACAGUGAUUGGUGCAAUGGCAAAGAGUGAUACACCAGACAAAGCAUUGGGUGCUUUCUUGGAAAUAUAUGCUAAUGGAUUCUCCCCGAAUGAAAUAACAUUUGUUAGUGCUCUUCACUCCUGCUCUAGGCUGCAGAAUCUGUCAUGUGGAGAAGCUUUGCAUGCACAAGUUAUCAAGAAGAAGCUUGAAAAUGAUGUGUACGUGGGCAGUGCUUUGACGGAAUUUUAUGUCAAAUUCGAUAAAUUGGAAGAAGCACGUCGCUGUUUUAAUGAAAUAUGUGAAAAGAGUUUAGUUUCUUGGAACACAUUGAUGCUGGGAUACUCGAAUAGAGGCUCUCCUGAAUCCAUUUUGCUGUUGCGAGAGAUGAUCCGCCUGGGUUUUUAUCCGAAUGGCUUCUCAUUUUCUAUUGUUAUCAAAGCGUCAUCAGUGGUAGAAUUACUCCAGCUUCACUCGUGGUUGGUAAAGACGGGUUACCUCGAGCAUUCUUAUGCAUCAAGCUCUCUUAUAAGCGGGUAUGCCAAAAAUGGUUUGAUAACUGACGCCUUACGCUUCGUAGCUGUUAAUGACAUGCCGCUUGAUGUUGUCUCCACAAAUGUGGUAGCUGGGAUAUACAACAGAAUUGGCGAGUAUAACAAGACUCUGGAGUUAUUUUCCACACUCGAGGACCCCGACACUAGAUCUUGGAACAUUCUGAUCGCAGCUUGCUCUCGAAACAGUGAUCACAAAGAGGCUUUUGAACUCUUUGGACACAUGAGGAGAGCUCGAGUCUCUCUCGACAAUUACACAUACGUCAGCCUCCUCAGCAGCUGCACCAGACUCUGCAACCUCGGCCUGGGCAGCUCUCUUCAUGGUCUACUCAUCAAGAACGAUUUCAGCUCCUGCGACACAUUCGUCUGCAACAUCAUGAUUGACAUGUACGCGAAAUGUGGGAGCCUCGACAGUGCAACAAAGGUAUUUAACAACACCACCAAAAGGAAUGUCUUUUCGUGGACAGCUAUGAUUUCAUCCCUCGGCCUGCACGGCUAUGCCCACGAAGCGAUAAGGAAAUUCGACGAGAUGACUGGGGAGGGCAUUAAGCCUGAUAAGAUGGCAUUCAUGGCAAUCCUCUCAGCUUGCAGACAUGUUGGGUUUAUUGAACAAGGGAUGGCUCUGUUUGGGGAAAUGAAAGCGAAAUAUGGGUUUGAACCAGAAAUGGAUCACUAUUUGAUUGUUGUUGAUUUGUUGGCUAGGUAUGGUCAUGUUGCAGAAGCUGAAAAAUUCAUUGCCAGUAUGCCUUUCCCUCCAAAUGCUUCAAUAUGGCGUACUUUUCUUGAUGGUUGCAAGAGGAAAAAAGAACUUAUGUAUUGAGUCAUCAUAUUAAAUAAUUUUUAAAAAAAAAAAUUUGUAAACCCCAAAUGGAGAGUAUUUAUGGUAUCAUAGUAAAAAAUUGCACCUUAAA